AGGCGCUUAAAAUACGCGUUCGAUUUCUUUGCAAAAAUAUCGUGACUACAAGAUCCAAACACCUUAUCGGAUAUUCCGAGCAGCAAUUUAUACGUGUGUGUGCAUUUUUCCCCGUACCCUGAUUUCUGCUCUAAAGCGACGCAACACAGCGAAGUUGCUCCAGCCCGCCCUUCCCCCCCGCGCUGACGGAAUGGACCAUCCUCGACGGCGCCAUCUCAUUGGAUGAUGGGAGUUUCUUCUCCGUUGGUGUUAGAACGCUACGAGAUUUUACUCUGUCCCACUUAGGAAACCGUUAAUUUUCGGAUUUUUCGCGAUAUUUCGUUAUUACGACCGAACGAAUCAACGUCCCUUGUCCUCGGAAAUGUUCCCAGGACUCAAGAAUUGGAGUUUGACCGCGCGAGAGCGUCUGCCCAACGUUUAGGCAUACACACAAAGAUGCACCAUUUGUCAUCAUGGACCUAAGCCAAGAGAGAGAUGGCCAAGACGAGCCCCUUAAUCGUCUCAAAAUCCAGCCAGAGGGUUGCCCAGAAAAGCGAAAAGGGGACGAAGCCAGCGUAUCGGGAACAGAGUCCAACGCGAAGGAUGACGAUUCGCCUCCAACGGAGACAAGCGACGAAGACCACACGGACGGCGAAGACGAAGACGCCAAAGGAGACGACAUCGAGGUCAUCAACCGAGAGUUUCAGUUCCGCACAAAGGGCUUCCACAUAAUCAAGACUCGUCAGGGCAAGAAACAGUACAAGUGUGACGUUUGUACGGGGAUCUAUCAGCAUGCCUUCAGCUUGAAGAGACACUUCUUACGGACCCACAUAAACUACAAGUACCUGUCAGAGGCAGAUGUCACAAACUGCAACAUCAACCUCAACCUCGUCAAGAAGCUCAAGGCGGAAGACGGGGACGCCAGCGGGUGCCCGGGCCUCUACCGCUGUCACAUCUGCACCGAACUUUUCGACACCCGCGAGGAGCUCAAGUCGCACGACAGCAGCCAUCCAAACAGCAACGCGCAGAAAGGGUUCAGCUGCAACCAGUGUGAGAUGACUUUUCCGCAUCGACAGAACCUGGUGCGUCACCAGUCGGUCCACGUCGCCGAGAAACGCUUUGCCUGCAAACACUGCGGGAAGUGUUUCCCUUCGCUCAACAAUCAGCGGAAGCACGAGAAAACGCACGAGGUCGGAAACGCGUCGUUCUCCUGCCCGUCGUGCGGAGUGUCCUUUGCAGAAGGCAACGACCUACGGCGCCACUGUCGGAAAGCCCAUCCAGAAAGCUUUCACCCCUGUGUGUCGUGUACAAAGUUUUUUACCAGCCCCGAGAAACUAGCGAAACACGCGCAAGUCCACCGGCCCGCAACCGGUGAUGCGUCGGGCCCAAAGAAGGAGAGAGCGGCUCAACGGGGGCACAUCGUCUUUAAGAAGAGAAGAGGGAAGAGGUUUGAGCCGCGCAUAGAUUAUAAAUAUUCGUGUACAGUGUGCAAGAGGAGGUUCGCGACCUACGUCAACAUGUGUCGUCACAAGAAGGCCCUGCAUCCGCCGGCGCAGAACGAGAAGAAGACGCGUUCCGCGCACCUGCGGAAAGAGGGCUCGAAGACGAAACAGGGCAAGGUGAAAGACCUGUCGGAGGAGGAGUUCUACAUGACGAUCGCCCACAGGAUUUCGGAGAACCUGCUCUAUCACCUGGACGGAAAGUCUUCGCAGCUCAAGAUCAAGCGGGACCAGGGGGCUUUUCCGGAAGAAGUCGGAUCGAAAGAUGACCUGCACUGGAGCUUCUACAACUUCCCUGCGGCGUUUGACAUCACGCAGAUGAUGCAGAUCUACUCCAAUCGGAACCCACUGUACAAUGCGCUCUCCAACGACGGCUCAGACAACAGUGACGAGACGGACUUCGCAGAUUCGUUGCAGCGUAACGCGAGGAAUGUGUGCAAGCCAGACGAAGUUCCGAGAACCUUUCCGAAGAUCUUCAUAUGCUCGGUGUGUGCGGAGAAGUUCCCUUCGUUGCAGGCGAUCGAAGAUCACAAGAUCAACAAUCACCCAAACGUCGUCUGCACGCACUUGGAACUCGAGGGACAGAAGGACGUUCCGCCGGAACUCUGUUGGGUGCCGAAAGGCCCGGUGGGGAUGUGUUGUCAGAACGUUGCGUUGACGCAGCCGGUGAGUGAGGAACAGAGGAAACUGAAGUGCACAAAGUGUGAGUCUGUCUUUGUGUCACGCGAUGAUCUUCAUCAGCACAUCUUGGAGUGUGGAGACAAUUCGAGUUUUAACCGUGUGUCCCGGUUCGGAUCGCUGGUGAAGAGAUCGACAGGGAUCGUCACUUACGUUCGAGGUCGGAAACGGUACCUCCCACUGCCAAAAUCUCCAGUGAAGAACCCAACAAAGAGGCUGAAACGAGAGGAUCCUCCUCCUCCGCCGCCGCCACAACCGCAGGAUGAUGAGCAGCAAAAAGAGGUUGAGUUAGACGAAGAAAUGGGCGAGUUGCCACAGGAUGGAGAAUGUCUGGAGCAGGGAGAUCUUGUUGGAGAGAAGGAGAAUGGCGCCGAAAAUAAUGUAUCUGUCAUUGAAGAUAAAGAGGUUCUUGCUGAGAAGAAAGCAAAUUUGGUUGAAGGGAAAGCAGGUAGCGUCGAAGGGAAAACCAACCUCGUCGAGAGGGAGGGCGCUGAAGAGGAACGGGAUGUCUCUGAUGGGAACGCGAGCCUCGUUGAAGAGAAAGAACUCAUCAUUGAGGACGGAGCAUUUGAAGUUGUUGGUAGCACCGAGGAAGUCGUCGCUGAUGAAACCUUAAAAGACAAUGUCACCGUUACAGAAAUUCAGGCUCCUACGGAAGAGGCGGAUGCACCUUCGGAAGAUGACCUGCCUACUUACACGAUAAAACUCUCAGAGGUCGACUCGGACCCUCAUCACGUCGACAAAAGAAGACAGCAGCCGUCGGAAAGCGGCGCGGAGGCUCUACAGGUUCACGACUACCUUCCCGUCUCUAGUCCAGGAGAGCCUCUUGGAAACAGCUUUCAUGAGCACCGCGACAAGCAGGUUGAAGAAAGCGUCGUAGAGAAAGACGGUUUCUGCGCGAAAGAAGAAAAUUUGGCCGCCGAGCAGGCGGACGACUCCGCAGCUGCCAACGUGCAACAGCCAGAGGGGAGGAUACUGAGAAGCAAGUCGUCGUCUGCAAGCGUGAGCGCGACUCCAUUCCCCACACGAAAGCACCACACGUGCAGCACGUGCAAGAGAAAAUUUGCGUACCUUGCCAGCCUAAAGAAGCACCUGCAGGAUAUCUGCCCAAACAAGAAGGUUGCCGGAACGCAGGCGACGAGACGCCGCGGCAGAGGGAAGGUCGCGAGGGAGCCCGCGGAGGAGACGGAAAACCUGCAGGAAGGAGAACUCGAAGAGCCCAGCCUGGGCUGCGACAGGCUGGGAGACCUCGGCGUGUUCCCGGACGAAGACAGCAAGGUUGCGGCGGAGGAAGAACUGGUCGACGCUUUAGACAACAACGCGGAAUCCCUCAACCAAACUAAAGAAGCGGAAGACGAAGGGCCGUCGCUGUCCGAGGUGAAGGUCGAAAAUGGCGAGCGCGGAAGGAAGACGUCGAAAGACCACUGUUGUCCGUACUGCCUGCACUCCUUCGCGUACCUGUCGAACUUCAGGAAACACAUCAGGGAAGUGUGCCUCGUGAUGAAGAAAGCGAUGGAGUCCAAGGACACCAAGAUGAAGCUGGCGAAGUUGAGGUCCAUAUCGACCUGCGCCACGGCGGAGCUACCUUGCAAGGGCAAGGACGGCACGUCGUCGACGGCGGUCAACCUGAAAGGGAACAUCGAGAACUCUGUCAUCAACCUGCUGCGGAACCAGUCUAAACAGAUGGAGUUCAUCAGCCCGCCGAGCGCUCCGAAGGAACAGAGGACUGCGCCAAGUUCGCCAAAUUUCAUGACGUUCUCCUGCCCCGUCUGUCAUAGAAUCUUCCUGUCGUACGUGAAGAUGCUUCAACAUCGGCUGUCUCACAAACUCAAGACAGACGACACUGUCAAAGAGGAAUCUUCGUCGAGCCCACACGAUGAUGCUGCUUUGGGCAAGAAGGCGGAUGAGGGCGACGAGACCCUGCAGAGCAGGCCAAAGAGUGAAGAAGAGAGGUUUGACGAGAUCCUUCAAACCUUGCGGAACCAGAGCGUUGAGGAGCCCGCGGAGCCGGUCGUCAAGAAAGAGGACGACGUCAUCUGUCUCGCCGAGCUCCACGAUCCUCCCGAUGAAGAUGAAGAGAAGGGUGAAGGUGUUCCCACAAAGGUCGAGCGUGAAGACAUCGCGGAAGACGGGGACGUGGUUCCUGAGGAAGACGCUGGGGACUCGAAGCAAGAAGCUCAGCAGGCUGAUGUGGAAGGUGGUGAGGACAACUACGAUGAUGAGGAGGCUGUCGAUGGCGAUCUGGAUGCCGCUGUUGUUACGGUUAAGAAACUACGGACUACGGACAGGCGAAAGAAAGGUGCCAAAGCCAAGGCGGCCCCAUGCAAAGCUCGUCAGAAGAAAGUGCCUGCUCGCCCCAAGGGUGGGAAAAACAAGUUGUGAUAAUGUUUCUUUGAUAAGACGUUUACUAGAUAAUGUUGCAUAUAUAUAUUCCAAGUCUGAUUGUGGCCAAAACAUAAAUAUAUGUAUAUCCUGUUUUUGUUUCUCUUUUUUUUUUUCCUCCCCGAAGAUAAAUCUAUGCCUGAACUUUGAUAAGAGACCAAAGUUCACAUUUAGUGUGCUUUUUUUAUAGAUAUGUAUAUAAUUUUUAAUUUAUGUUGCAUGUUCUCGAGACUUUUUCUUUUCGUUCGUGACAAAAUUAUGUGUUCUUCCUAGCUGUGACUUAUUUAAUCACCGAAUGCGUGAAUAGAUUUGUAACUAAAAUCACAUGUGUAUUCCUAUAUAGAGAGAUACUGUUACAUAUAGAAAGCAAUAAUCACCUAUACAAUAGUGUGUGCCUUAUCUUGUUGAACGGUGCCUUUUAGGAUGAUGAUUCUAUUCAUAAUAACGGUGAUUGCUCAUACAAAUGCUCACAAUCUUUGAGGCGAUAUGUAGCUUGCUGUUGAAGAAAUGCGCCUUCUGGUGUUUAUAUUUAUGAAAUGAAGUGAUAGCAUACGUGAUUUAUGUGCAUAAUACGUGAAAUAAAUAUUUUGAAUAUGGGCA